AUGGAAGGCAAUACAAGACGCGUUGGGGACGAAGUUGAAGAUGAGUACGGCAUACCAUCCUCAGGCAGAUGGACAGUCGGAACGGACGAUACAAACUUUGGAGGAUAUGCUUCGCGCAUGUGUAUUAGAAUGGGGAGCCCGUGGGAUCAGUACAUGACGUUGUGCGAGUUUGCGUACAACAACAGUCACCAUGCGAAGAUUGGGGAGAGACGGGAAUUCGGGCCUGAGAUUGUGGAAGAGACUAUGGAAGUGAUCCGAAAAAUUCGAGUCAACCUGAAAAUAGCACAAGAUCGACAAAAAUCAUAUGCCGACCGGAGGAGACGGGACUUCACCCUUGAAGUUGGAGAUCAAGCAUUCCUUCGAGUUCAGGCCAUGCGAGGACACGCUAGGUUUGGACAGGGCGGGAAGCUGAAACCGCGAUAUAUCGGACCCUAUCCAGUGAUUGGGAAGGUAGGCACAGUAGCAAAUCGACUCGGGUUGCCUUCAGAGCUGAGCAACAUCCACCAUGUAUUCCAUGUGUCGAUACUACGGAGAUACGUAGCAGACCCUUCCCAUGUGCUACAACCUCAAGAGUUAGAGUUCACGAAUGCUACAUGUUUUCGAGACGAACCGCUACAGAUAAUGGACCGAAAGGUUAAGAAGCUGAGGACGAAGGAGGUGUCAUUGGUGAAGGUAUUGUGGAGAAGCCAAGGGGUCUCGGACAUGACUUGGGAACCCGAAGAAGAGAUGCGUAGCAACUAUCACUAUCUUUUCACUUGA